ACAUCAAAAUUAAAUAGAAUAAUUGGAGUGAUGGAAUAAAUAUAGGAGUGAAUUAGAAGGUACCCAAAAACAGAGAGUCUAGGCAUCAACAAGUGUGAUACAAGGUAACACAUUUACAUAAAGAAAAAAAGGUGAACUUUCCAUGAUUUUUUCUCUUUCUUUUUUUCACUUUGGACUACUCAACUGAGGGUGGAAAUCCCAAAGACCAAAACUCCAUUGUGUCCAAAAGACUUGACUGUUAACAACAAAGCUCAAACAACUCCCAACAGCAGCAAUGUUCUGUUAGUUUUGAGUUGUUGGCCAAUCUAUUCACCCAAGGCACCAACCUUUCCAAACCCCCCCAAGCUACCAUAAAAAAGAAGUGGGAGAGAGACCUAUUAAAGAAAAUUAGGAAUGGGAGGAAACUUCAAUACCUUCUACAUUUCUUUCAUAUACAAGGUAUAGGUGAAGCAUCCAUUUCGCCUGCAUCAACAUUUCAGUGGAGAGGCCUUCAAUUCCAAUGGAGAGAACAGGGAGGAUUAUGAGAAGAUCAGUCUAUACUUUUCUUCAACAGUAUCAGUUCUUCACCUCAACUGCAGCCCUUCUUGUGCUCCCCUUCUCUGCCUCUAUUCUCCUCUCACAAGCCUUCCUACCCUUCUCCUCGCCUCUCCUACCGGUGAUUCAUGAUCGGUUGCAGUUUCUUUUUAAGGCUGCAGGGUUCCCUCCUUCAUCCCAAUUCUUCACCAUUCUCAAUCUGAAACUCUCUCAAACCAUUUCUUCCUCCAUUUUCACUCUCCCAUUCACCAUAUCUUUCCUUCUCAUUGGGAAAGCAUGUAUAAUUCAGGCUCUCAAUCACAAUAAACCGGGUUUUCCACCUUCCUUUUCUUCUUUCAUAUCCCUUUACUGCCCCCUCCUCAUCACCUAUAUUUGGAACUCAUUAUUGAUCCUUUCUGCAAACGCCACAGCCUUUUCUGUUCUCUUCAUCGCCUUCAAUUGUCUGGAAGGAUUGGGAUACUCUUCUCCCAACUUCGUCCCCUUCCUCUCAGCUGCAGCAGCCAUCCUCUACUCCAUCAUUCUGGCCAAUUCUCUCAUAAUUUGCAACUUGGCAUUGGUAUUAUCAGGGAUGGAGAGGUGUGGAGGAUAUAUUGCAAUUCUCAAGGCCUGUGUCAUGAUUCGAGGAAGAACAUCAACUGCAUUAUCAUUAGCUCUGCCAAUUAAUCUGGCCUUGGCUGCAGUUGAAGCACUGUUCCAAUACCGGGUUGUAAGAGCUUAUCAUAUUUCUGGGAAGCCCAGAUCUUCCAUCGCUUUAGAGGGGCUGUUCAUCGCUUACAUGUACUCCAUCCUUGUAGUGCUUGAUACUAUUGUGAGUUGCAUAUUCUUCAAAAGAUGUAAGAGAGGUUGCUGGACAGAUCAGGAUGGUACACACUCUUACCGCAUUGAAAUUGCAGAAGAGGGUGGUAAAGCUUUCGAAAACACAAGAAUUUCAGAGGAACUUCCAUGAAUUGCUGUGUCAGAAGACAGAAAUCCACAGGCCAGGUAUUUGGUUAUUGAACCUUCAAAGAGAAGGCUACACAAACCUAUACAAAUAAAUACAGGUUUCUGCAAAAUUAGUUUCCGUUGCUUGAGGGGAAGCCCUGCAACUUCACCACACAAAGAUCCCAGUCGGAGGAGCUUGAAGAAAAUUGGAAAAUGUAAGCCAAUUUCCCACCCAGAUUAAAAUUCUAGGGUGGCAUGGCCUAUAAAGUGUGAAUGGAACUUGCAAAGGCUUUUGUUAAUCAUCUUGAUUUGGGGUUUGUUAUGUUGCCACAUGUAAUAGUGAAAAUGGCAAGAAUGUAAAAAAACCACAUAGUAUAUCAACACAAAAGUGAUCAAGAAAUGUCAGGUCCCUGAUA